AUGGCAACCCGCAUCUCGCGCCCUGAAUUUGAGGGGCAUGUAGCCCCCCUCAUUCAAGACAUUCUUGACACAACUACGCAGUAUAAUCUUCCUGAAAAUGCCAGGCAAUGGUUUGAAGCAUCUCUCAAAGCCAACAUUGUCGGCGGUAAAAUGAAUCGCGGAAUGUCUGUGCCGGACACUGCCUCUAUCCUGCUUGGUCGGCCGUUGACGGAGGAAGAAUUGAAGCACCUGGCUUUGCUGGGCUGGUUCACUGAGCUUCUCCAAGCUUUUUUCCUUGUGAGCGACGACAUCAUGGACGGCUCAAUAACGCGUCGCGGACAACCCUGCUGGUAUCGCCAGGAGGGCGUCGGUAUGAUUGCCAUUAACGACGCCUUUUUGCUCGAAGCCUCAAUCUACAACAUCCUGAAAAAGUACUUCCGAUCACACCCCUCCUACCUCGACUUGAUCGAGCUGUUCCACGACACCACCUACCAGACCGAAUUGGGACAGCUAUGCGAUCUGAUCACUGCCCCAGAAGACAAGGUUGACUUGGACAACUUUUCCAUGGAAAAGUACAUCUUUAUUGUCAAAUACAAAACCGCUUACUACAGCUUCUACCUCCCCGUUGCGCUUGCUCUGCACUAUCUUCAGCUCGCUACUCCCCACAACUUGAAACAAUCCGAAGACAUCCUCAUCCCGCUAGGCGAAUACUUCCAAAUCCAGGACGACUACCUCGAUGCAUUUGGAUCUCCAGAGACUAUCGGUAAAAUUGGCACUGAUAUUCAAGAUAACAAAUGCUCCUGGCUUGUCAACCAGGCAUUGACGAUGGUGACCCCCGAGCAGCGCAAGCUCCUUAACGAGGCAUACGGACGCAAGGACAGCGCGCUAGAAGCCAAGGUCAAGGCUCUCUAUAACGAGCUCAAGCUCGAACAGCACUACCUGAAAUUUGAGGAGAAGCGUGUUGGCGAGUUGCGCGAGAAGAUUUCGGCUGUUGAUGAGUCGGAGGGUCUGAAAAAGGAGGUGUUCACGGCUUUCCUAGACAAGAUCUACAAGCGCACCAAAUAG